AUGUUGAAGAUAUGGUCCAUGAAAAAGGAGCAACAAAAGGCUGAGAAUGCCGAGGGCGCGGCAGGCGGCAAGAAGAAGAAGGUCACGGCAGCGCAAUUACGGGUGCAAAAGGACCUCUCAGAGCUCUCGCUAGGCACCACCAUGACAACCGAGUUCCCGGACCCCGACGAUAUCCUGAGUUUCAUCCUGUACAUCGAGCCGGACGAGGGCAUGUACUACGGCGGGCGGUUCAGCUUCACGUUCAACAUCACGCCCAACUUCCCGCACGAGCCGCCCAAGGUGCAGUGCCGCGAGAAGAUCUACCACCCCAACAUCGACCUCGAGGGCAAGGUCUGCCUCAACAUCCUGCGCGAGGACUGGAAGCCCGUCCUCAACCUCAACGCCGUCAUCGUCGGCCUGCAGUUCCUGUUCCUCGAGCCUAACGCCAGCGACCCGCUCAACAAGGAGGCCGCCGAGGACCUGCGGCAGAACAGGGAAAUCUUCAAGAGGAACGUGCGGGCCGCCAUGAACGGGUACACUGUGAAGGGAGAGGCUUUUGAAAAGGUCAUGAUCUAG